UAUCGGGAACACUGUGGGAUCCUAUAUCCUGACAUCUGGGAAGUGGAUGCCCUAACUGAGGAAGCAACUGAAAAGAAGCAAAUGGAGGAAUUUGGGGAUUCACUCCAGGGCUAUUCUCCAUAUCCACUGAGAUGACUACCCUCGGAGUUUCAGGCAGAAUAGAGAGAGGCUCGAAGACAUCCUAUCUGUUCUUUCCUGGGUAGACAACAGAGUGUCUGUCAAAGUCAUGUCCGUAGGCAGCAACUCCCUAGGAAAUAUCUCUCCAAUAUGCUGAUGCUGGGAAAUGUUCUGGACACUAUGGAAAGGAAGCUUUGUUCUCAGCCAUUUUUAAUAGAAGGAGCCAUAUGUCAAUCUAUUCAAAAUUUUUUUUGGGUUCCAGUUGAACUGAUGGCAUUUUCCCAGUGUCUACUAGAGAGGGGUCCUAAGACAAUUUCACAGAUUUCAGUGGUCAAAAACUAUAUUCAGAGACAUAUUUUAUGCCAUGGUCAUGAGAAAAGAAUGCCCUUAAAGAUGUGGACACAUGGAUCCACAUCUUCCAUAAUACAAUACUGUGGUACUAGAUUGGGAAUAAAGAAAACAAACUCAAAACUCAGUGGUAUAUUCCAGGAAGUCACUCAGAACGUGUCUGUCUCAUGUAAAAGGGCUCAGUUUCCUGCCUUAAUGAAGCCGGAGUCUUCUCUCAAGAUACUUUACAAUAGGGAAGACGCUGUUUCCAGUGAUCAGAGUAAAGACUCACAGAGUGAAUCACAGACAAGGCCUUCUGACUCUCACCACUCCCUCAAAGCAAGUUGUCUUUCCCAGGCCAAGAGGGAUAUCUCAGAACAGCACCAUCUACUAAAAGAUCUACAGCUAAAAACAGCAGCAAAAACCAUAGAAAGUCAAGUACCCCACAAUGUCCCUCCACCUUUCUCAUCAGGACUUGUCCUGAAAUAUCCCAUCUGCUUAUAGUGUGGCCAAUAUUCAGGAUUUAAUUGCUGACAUAAGUUACAGUAUGCUCUUGGUCCAUAUCUUCUCGUCUACCCACAGAUCCACCUUUUAAACUUCCCUGAUGGCCAGGGUGAGAUUCGGUCGCAUCUUGGUUUUAGAUUGAGAACUGGGAAAAGACCUCAGGUCUCAAAGUAUCAUGGAAGAAACAGAGCAGAUGCAUGGAAGAGCACUACAUCACCAUCACGAAGGAAAGCUAAAAUCUAUCCUCCAGCUUCCAAGAGUCCAACCACUCCAAGAGAUUUUCAGGCCAGAUCUUCCCAGGCUCCAGCUUCUGUACAAGUGCUCAUUAGAAAAAAGCAAUGGGACAGCCAUGGUGUGGUCAGCAAGACAGACACUGAAGACUCUGAGCACCAUGAAUUCUGUCAGGUUCACUCUGUAUCCAAGAGUGGCUUUGAAAGUAAUCAGGAAGAAAAAUGGUCAAAAUCAAGCCUCAAAAAGACCUUUGGCUUCAAAUAUCCAAUGAAGAAAAUCACCAGGACACAAAACACAAAGCUCUACAAAAAUAGUGGAACCCCAGAAGAGAGUCCUUUUAGAAUGAUGUGUCCAUCAAGAAGCAAGAGUAUUGAAACCGUUCAAACAAGCACUGCUUCUUCGAAGACACAAGCUAAGAAAUCCUCUCAGCCCAAGUUCUACCAUCUGCUUUUCCAGGGCCUAAGGCAGGCAUUCCAAAUAGCACAUAGAAAUGGACAGAAGCCUGAGGACAGGACAAGGCCAGGCAAUUUGUGGUCAAGAAAAUACUUGCACCCCAAACAAAAAGCCAAGGAUUAUUGUUUAGCAGGAGAUAGCAAAGGAGCCAGCACACCAGUUGCCCAGCAAAGGUCAACAGGUGUGAACCCUAAGCAAGAGGACAGAUUGCAGGGAACAGGUGACCAGUGUAGACAAACUCAACAGUCAAAACAAGUGAGCUCUCUCCAACCCAGACCUUUGCAAUUGGAGACCAUGGCUUCUGAAAGAGAUACCACUAUCCAAGUUAAUUCAAUCAUACAACCUUUGAGUAUAGUUCAAAAUGUCAACAGCAGAGCAAAGAAAAACUACAGUGAUGAAAUCACCUGUCCUGAGUCUAAGAAUGUUCUCAAGUAGGAGGUAGAUUUCAGGCCCAAGAGAGAAUGGAACCUGACAACCUUUUGAAGAGAACCCUGCAGAGUCACUUUAAACACACACACACACACACGGAAGAACAACAUGGCUUCUUCCGGGAGAGGGCCCUUCGUAAUAAGCCUUUUGAAAAGACCAAUCACAUCCUUUGGGAGAGAACUCAUGGACAUCUCUGAGAGGAGAUAAUGCAGUCCUUCUCGGAGAAGGGAUAGCAGUUCCUCUGACAGAACCCUUAGACAUCUCUCUGAGAGGAGUCAUUGCAGUCCCUCCCAGAGACAG